AUGAAUGCUGCAGCACAGGGCGACCAGGCCCUCAAGGACUCCAACGCCCUCCUCGCCAUCCAACAUUACACUCGCGCCCUCGCCGAGCUACCCCGCGCAGUCAAUUAUUAUGUCCAACGCUCAACCGCACACUCUCGCGUGAAGCCCGCAGACGGCGGCCCGAACUCCCUUGCUUCGCUCCGAGAUGCAGAAAUUGCCCUGGCACUUGCUCGCGAGCGCGGAAAGCGUGAGUUAAUUCUCGCAGCUCAGAUGCGCCGCGGAGUGUCGCUGUUCCAGCUUGGCCGAUACCACGACGCGAAGUUCUUGUUUGAUCUCAUUGAAUCAAAGACUCGGACUGAAGAUGCGCCGGAAGAUAAAAGGGCAAGUGUACAGGCUGCCAUGGCGGGAUCGGGAAAAAACAAGAAAGAUGCCGCUGAGCUGCAAAUUUGGCAGAUGCAGGUUGCCCGCAAGCUUAAAGCGCUUGAGAACCCGAAUGAGACGGCUGUUACGGUCGUCGAAUUCCCCAGUGAUACCAGGAUUCCAACAGAGAAGGAAAUCAAGGCCGAGUUGGAAAGCAUGAAGGCCGGAAAGAAUGCGCCGGUUGCGAAUGAGUCCAAGAAACGAGAUACUCAACCCUCUUCAAGUGCUGCUGCCACCUCGGCCCAGGAUGAAAGUACCCAAGGAGCUGAGGAAAAGAAGCCAUCGCCUGCUGUUCCUGAGAAUGUGCGCCAUGAGUGGUAUCAAUCUGGCGACUCUGUUGUCGUGACGCUCUACAUUAAGGGCAUCCAAAAGGAUAAGGUCCAAGUUGACUUGAAGGAUGAGUCAGUAAGUGAUAACUGCUCAGAUACGAUACCCUUCUCUUCAAAAGCAGACACUAACGUUGUUAUCCAGGUUUCUUUACAAUUCCCCCUCCCCUCUGGCUCCGACUACGACUUCACCCUCGACCCACUCUUUGCACCAAUCGACCCCUCCACUUCCAAGGUCUCAGUAAUGGGUACCAAGAUCGAGCUGGUUCUUCAAAAACAAACAGCAGGCCAAAAGUGGCACGCCCUAGAGUCUUCUGCCACCGAAACGACUGUACUCACAGAUCGACCCGCUGCCCCCUCAGCGCCAACCCCAUCUGGUCCCGCCUACCCGACCUCCUCUCGCCAUGGAGCGAAAGAUUGGGACAAAGUUGCUUCCUCUCUGACAUCCAGCAAAUCUAAGGGUAAGCAGAAGGAGAAGAAGGACGACGCUGCAGGAGACGAGUCUGACGCAGAGUCUGUGGAUUCGGACUUCGGCGGCGAUGCAGUAGAUGGGUUCUUCAAGAAGCUCUACGCUGGCGCGGAUCCUGACACUCGUCGUGCAAUGAUGAAAAGUUAUGUUGAAAGCCAGGGAACGUCGCUUAGCACCAACUGGUCUGAGGUUGGGACCAAAAAGAUGGAGGUGCAUGAGAGCUAA